AUGGUGCCUGGUGCGAAGGUGAAGAUUCCGACAGCAUAUCAGAAGAUGGGUACGCCAUUCCAGUAUGCGUCUUUUGCAAAGGAGUAUCACGGGGUGUUGCAUAAUAACCGGGAGUUGCAGCCAUGGAUCGCACCUCAACGGCGUUGUGAGUACUUUAAUACGUUGGACCGAUUCAUCACGACGAUUAUUGAGGUGAGCAACAAGGCUGCGGCGGAGCCAGAUCGGAAGUUGCGUGUGGAACUAGUUAAGAAGUUCCUGGAGUCGGUGGACGAGUGGCUAUUUUGUCGGCGUUGUGUGGUUGCCGCUUCAGAAGGCGUUUUUGGCAUGACCGGUAUCGCUCUGCCAUUCGCUCGCUUCAGCUCAACUGCGGCCUCCGAUACUGAUUUUUUGAUCCGGCCUACCUCACCUACCCAAAGUGCACAAGGUACCAUCGGUAACCCGCUCCAAGUCCUCAGAGUCAAUGUGGAGGAGGCCAAGGUCUUCAGCAGCCGCCGACGAGCACCUUACCUACUCGUCUUCGAACUCGGAGACCUUGACGAAGACCUCCAAGACGUUCCCAUCCACGCACUCCAACGCGCACUAGCCGUCAAACAGAAACAAAGUGAACGUGCUCUACGUAACCAACCUCUCAGCAGCCAAAAUACGAGAUUACAGAGUUACAAACGAGGCGAAACUGUCGUACUCACUCAACGUCCACGCAGAGACAAAAAACGACGACCCUCUCGAGACACACUUGCGCGCCAACAAACUAAGCAUGAUACUGCUGCAGACGCCUCGCCCGACGCAGACAAAAGUGAACCAGACCAGACGGUAUCAGGGGCUGAAGGUUCUAGAGCUGAAGGUUCUAGAGCUGAAGGUUCUGGGGUCGGUGUCGGUCUAGACAUCGUGGGAGACCAAGCGGGUAGCGUGAAGGACGCGGCGGUUGGCGGACUGCGGUCGUCAUCUAGUUCGUCGUACUCGUCGGAGAUGAGUGAGGAGGAGUCUUCAGUAGACGAGGAGCGAGAAAUGGGUGUGAUUAACGAGUUCAAAUUUGAGUGGAGCAACAUGUACGUUUACGAUGCAAUUUUGACGACGCUCCGCGAACGCCAGUUAUACGUGCCGCCCUUUUUGGAUCGGCCGUUGACGUCGGAAGAGUGGCAGAUCAUCAACGAUCCAGCGUUGAAUACCACUUGCUGUAUCGCCUGUUACCCUUCGCUACCCAGUCCGACCAUAAACGGUUCGAGUCCGAAUCUGGCGGGCGUGGUUUCGAGUACGUCGUCAAGUCCUCGUCCGGCGAGUCCGCAGCCGGGGACAAGUCCUAGUCCGAGGCAGCCGGAGAGAGCAGGCUGUAUGUCGGCUGAAGCUUUGCGGCCUGUGAGUCGUUCAAUGUAUCCCGGUUGUUCCUUCGUCUGUGAAUAUUGCGGUGGCACGAAAGUGUUUUACGAAGCGAUUAAGAACGAGAGUCCUGUCGAUCCUAUUAAAAGGUCGCUGGGUGUUGGUUCACGAAGAGCGUCGCCGGCGCCGGUGGUGCCGCCAUAUCCUGAGUCACUGAGUCGGCCAGUGGGAUUGUUGGCUACAGGGGGAGCGGUGGUGAUUCAGCGCCGUCGUGGGUCGGAGAUAAGUCCGAGUGAGAAAUUGGGUUCAUUGGUGCGUUCUGCGUCUACGGGUCCGAACAAAUCGACUGAGGAGUGUCGUUCGACGCCAUUGAUUGAGGGGGCGGGUGUCCCGGAAAGCAGUACCGGCGGGCCGUAUACGGCGAGUGGUUUUUUAGACGUGGGUAAGAAGAGCGAAGCCGGUUCUAGUUCAUCUUCACCAGCGCAGUCGACACCUGCAGUCAAGACAGAAUUGGACCCAGAUCCGGCAGCCGGAAAGUCGUUGGUACAGCUGAAGUUGCCAGAUGAGACGCCGGAGAAACAGGCCAAGAGAUUGCGACGCGCUAUUUGGGGCGAACUCUGGGCAGAAAAAGUAGAACGCAUACGCAAAGAGAGCCCCUUCGGCCGAUUCAAAACCUGGCGCUGUGGAGCAGUGCUUGUCAAAGGCGGAGACGAUGUACGCCAAGAAUUACUCGCCUCGCAACUUAUUCAAGUCGUUGUACAAGUCUUCAAAACCGCAGACCUACCCCUCUGGCUAUACCCUUACGAGAUUCUAGUAACGGGUGCCAAUUGUGGUAUCAUGGAAUUCGUACCCGAUACCCAAUCUAUCGAUGCCGUCAAACAAAAAUUCGGUAUCGACAGUCUACAUAAAAUCUUCGAAGCAGCCUUCAGUGACAACCUAGAAAAAGCGCGGAAAAAUUUCAUAGAAUCACACGCAGCAUACUCCCUGGUCAGCUACCUAUUACAGGUCAAGGAUCGACACAAUGGCAACCUCCUACUCACCGCCGAAGGCCGCCUACUACAUAUCGAUUACGGCUUCAUGCUCACCAACUCACCCGGCUAUGUCAACUUCGAAACUUCACCCUUCAAACUAUCGGGGGAACUCAUGGCCAUCAUCGGUGGACCUGAUUCUGAAAACUUCGAGUACUUCAGGGAGCUCAUGGUCCAAGGCUUCCUUGAACUCCGGAAAUAUUAUGAACGAAUACUCCUCAUCGUUGAAAUGAUGUUCACGGGUAAAUUCACUCCCUUCCCCUACCCUCCUUUCCCCUACCCUCCUUUCCCCUACCCUCCUUUCCCCUCACUCCAACUAAUCUUCCCUUUGCAGCGUCAAAAAUGCCGUGCUUCUCUGGAAACCCUGAAGCAGCUUUACAAGGUAUCAAAGAUCGAUUCAUGA